AUGCUUCCAUCUUCAGGUUUAAUUAAAGAGUGGGAAUAUGAAGGAGAUAGACCAAUGAACGUUAAAUUACCUAUAGAUGAUUCUCCUUAUAGAACUGUUCAAGUUUCUGAAGAUACCGCACCAAUCUUAUUUAGAACUAUCGAAUUCAACCAAAAGCAAAUACAACUAAAGGCACAAAAAGAACGUGAAAAGCAAAAGUCUAAAACAAAUACCGAAAAAACUGUUAUUUCGAAAAAUUCAAUUAAAAAUCUAUCUACAAAUGACCUCAAAAAGCAAUUAAAGGCUCUAGGACUUUCUACAGAUGGUACACGCGAGCAAAUAUUGGCCAGAUUUGAAAAAUUUGUAAAGAAAUAA